UCUUUUUUACUCGUCACGCACGAGGGGGGCACGGGGGAGCAGUCACAGCUGGAAGGAUAAUAAGAUGCGCAUGAAUUUACAAUGUGGAAUAAAAGAUCAGAAAUGGGACGCAGCGUUUUUCUCAGCGAGUCAAUAACUUCCGCUGGUGUUUGUCAGAUGUAGGCGACGACGUGGUGGUUGUAUCGUUCACCGCAGCUACGUCCUGAACAAGCGAACAAAACACCAUAAAACUUCUGGGCUUUUCUCAUUUGAUGGAGUUGAAAAGUUUCCCCUUGGGCUGCGUGGCGGCGAUGGAAGGAGAGGCGCUCUUCGCGGGACGUGGAGGCAGGCUUCCUGUGGUCACACUGGAUUACUGACUUCAGCGAAGAGAACCAGCGGAACUCCAGGAUAUGAAGUGUGUUGUUACCCUCCUGCAGAUGUCUGUGGAUUGCUCGGAGUCGUUCCCCAUCACCUGCCCAUCCGGUUAAUAAUGCAUGUGUUGUGUGAGCCCAGGUGGGUGGGAAGGAUAAAUAGCAUACAGCAAAAUAAACAGUGCUGAUGAGGAGGUUUGUCUGCUGAGAGAGAAAGAGCAGUGUUUCUGUCUGCAAAAGCCUUCACUGAACUCUUCCACCAUUCAGCCUUUCACAUUGCAACUGGAAGAAACCCCAAUGUCUGCCUCCUCUUCCCCAUUCCUCCAUUCUCUCCAUCCGCACCACCCGUCCUCGCCGUCCGCCCAUUUGCCAAGCCUGCCCGGACAGAUCUACCAGCGGCUGUCCAACGGCAGCCCCAGCGCCCUCAGUCCCACCAACUCCCGCAGCUCCUUCCAUGGCGUGUCCUUCCUGCUGCAGAUCGGCCUGACCAGAGAGACGGUGAACUUAGAGUCUGGCGACCUCUCACUGUCUGCUGUCAAAGACCUGGUGUGCUCCAUAGUUGAUCAAAAGUUUCCAGAGUGUGGCUUCUUUGGAAUGUAUGACAAGAUCUUGCUGUUCCGCCAUGACUUCACUGACGAGAACAUCCUGCAGAGGCUGACCUCGGUCGAAGACAUCCAUGAAGGGGACCUCGUUGAGGUGGUGCUUUCUGUUUUCUAUUUUGAUUUGAUUUUUUAUUUUUUGAGUUGUACAUAUUUUAAAAAUAUUUUUAAAGCCCAGGCCACUGUUGAAGACUUCCAGAUCCGACCUCACGCCCUCUACGUUCACUCCUACAAGGCCCCCACCUUCUGCGACUACUGUGGGGAGAUGCUGUGGGGUCUCGUCCGCCAGGGCCUCAAAUGUGAAGGAUGUGGGCUGAACUACCACAAACGUUGUGCCUUCAAGAUCCCUAAUAACUGUACCGGUGUGAGGAAGAGGCGAUUGUCCAAUGUCUCCUUACCCGGACCGUCCCUCUCGGUCCCGAGACCGUUACCAGUUGAAAAUGCGGUGGUGGUUCCUGACGAGCAACAGCGUUCCCACCAGGAGGCAGGGAAGCGCAUCCUGUCCUGGAGCGGCAGGCCCAUCUGGAUGGAUAAGAUGGAGAAGACGCGGGUUAAGGUGCCACACACCUUUGCCAUUCACACCUACACCCGGCCGACCAUCUGCCAGUACUGCAAGCGUCUACUCAAGGGUCUCUUUCGCCAGGGCAUGCAGUGUAAAGAUUGCAGAUUUAACUGCCACAAGCGUUGUGCUUCCAAGGUACCCAGAGACUGUUUAGGAGAGGUGGACUUCAAUGGAGAACCAGCCAGCCCUGGACCUGACUCCGACACCACCAUGGAUACUAUGGAGGUGGACAGCAGUGAUCUGGACAGUGGCAGAGGACUGGAUGAUCCGGACGAGCCGUCCACUCCGGAUGGGAUGUUUGGCAUGGAUUCCCCCUUCGUUGACAGAGAGAAGGAUGAAGAGCCCAUCAAAACUAUAAGUCCAUCCACGAGCAGCAACAUCCCUCUAAUGCGAGUGGUCCAGUCCAUCAAACACACCAAGAGACGGAGCUCCACUGUGGUGAAGGAGGGCUGGAUGGUUCAUUAUACCAGCAGGGAUAACCUGCGGAAGAGACAUUACUGGAGGCUGGACAGUAAGAGUCUGAGUCUUUUCCAGAAUGACACUGGAGCCAAGUUUUACAAAGAAAUCCCUCUGUCCGAGAUCCUCCAGGUAGAACCGUUCAGGGAUUACAGUAAUCUGGCUCAAGGCAGCAACCCUCACUGCUUUGAGAUCAUCACAGCCACCAUGGUCUACUAUGUGGGCGAGAACAAUGGCAGCCACUACCACAGUCCUGCUCUGGCUGCUUCUGGGGUGGGCAUGGAGGUGGCCCAAGGCUGGGAGAAGGCCAUAAGACAGGCCCUGAUGCCCGUCACCCCUCAGCCCAGCGUGGCCAGCGCUGCUGGUCAGGGCAAAGAUCACAAAGAGCUGUCCAUCAGCAUAUCCGUGUCCAACUGCCAGAUCCAGGAGAAUGUGGAUAUCGCCUCGGUGUAUCAGAUAUUCUCCGAUGAGGUGUUGGGAUCCGGCCAGUUUGGCAUUGUGUAUGGAGGGAAGCACAGAAAAAGUGGGAGGGAUGUCGCCAUCAAGGUGAUAGACAAGAUGAGAUUUCCCACCAAGCAGGAGAGCCAGCUCAGGAACGAGGUGGCCAUAUUGCAGAAUCUGCAUCAUCCAGGUAUCGUUAACCUGGAGUGCAUGUUUGAGACGCCGGAGCGGGUGUUUGUUGUCAUGGAGAAGCUGCACGGCGACAUGCUGGAGAUGAUCCUGUCCAGCGAGAAGAGCAAACUACCAGAACGAAUCACCAAGUUCCUGGUCACUCAGAUCCUGGUUGCCUUGAGGCAUUUGCACUUCAAAAACAUCGUUCACUGUGACUUGAAGCCGGAGAAUGUCCUACUGGCCUCCGCAGAGCCUUUUCCACAGGUAAAGCUGUGUGACUUUGGGUUUGCUCGUAUCAUCGGUGAGAAAUCGUUCCGGCGGUCGGUGGUGGGCACCCCGGCUUACCUGGCUCCCGAGGUGCUGCGCAGCAAAGGCUACAACCGCUCCUUAGACAUGUGGUCGGUGGGCGUCAUCGUGUACGUCAGCUUGAGCGGGACCUUCCCCUUCAACGAGGACGAGGACAUUAACGAUCAGAUCCAGAAUGCGGCCUUCAUGUACCCGCCGGCGCCCUGGAAGGACAUCUCAGCAGAAGCCACAGAUCUGAUCAACAAUCUUCUCCAAGUGAAAAUGAGGAAGCGGUACAGCGUGGACAAGUGUCUCAGCCAUCCCUGGUUGCAGGAUUAUCAGACCUGGUUGGACCUGAGGGAGUUCGAGACGCGAAGCGGCGAGCGCUACAUCACCCACGAGAGCGACGAUGCGCGGUGGGAGGAGUACGCUGAUGAACACUGUCUCGUUUACCCUAAACAUUUCAUCAUGGCUUCCAACCUGGAUGACAUGGAGGAGGACCCCUAGUGGCUAAAGCCACACUGGAUCAGGUCUAGAUUUAAGGAUGGGGGCGGGAUUGUCGCAGGGACUUUUUGUGAGACGCUUUUGGGAGUGGCAGAUUUCCCCUCCAGACUGUUUGUUUGUUGUAGAAACAGAUUAAAGCUGAUCGAGUGGAGAAUGACUCCCCCGACGAUUCAGAUGUGGGAAAAACCCGUCAGAUUUUGUAGCACGGCGCUCCGCCGCGGUGAGCAGGAGAGAUGCGUGUGACAGAAAUGCAUUGAGACUGUUGAGAGAAGAGGGUUCUCUCUUCAUCACUGUAAAAGUCCACAAACAUUCCAAGGACUUUCUCGAUGAUUUUUGGGACAAUCACAAGCUGAAUUAUGCAAAUGUAGAUAAAGUUCUGCAGGAAAUCAGCUAAAAAAAGGCCCGGCAGCAGGAGUAAAGGGCACUUUUCACAAGGGAUGUGCAGUCGGAGUUCACUCUCACUCCUGAAGUCUUUGUGAAACUGUCCUUGGGCGUGAACUGGAACUGUCACCUGUAUGUUCUUUAAUGUAUUUAGUAUUUCUAGUAGGUUUUUGCACUAUAUGACUAUUAGGCAUAGCAACCGAAUAGAAACACUAUUCGUUGCUACAGAGAGUUUUUACUUUUCCGCUGUAACGCAGACGGGGGAUGAUCAGCAGCAGGUUUCUGGCUCACGCCGGAUUAGCUGCAGGUAUUUUCUGUGUUUUAGGUUUGGUUUGAAAGUGGCAGCUAGUAGUGUGUAAUGGGCCAUUCCCAUCUGUACCGGGUCGGCCCGGGCCGGGUAGCCCCAGUCGGCCCCAGCCUGGCCUGGUUGAUUCCACACAUCCUUGCCUUAAGCCCAUGUGGGCUGAUUCUACCCACCAAUCAGAGGCUUGCUCUAAUGGAAGGUGUGAAUUUGCUGUCAGCAGUGGGUGUGUUGGCCCUGGUCGGCCUGAAGCAGACCCCCUCGAGAAGAGGGCUGAGAAUGAGCCUUGGUUGGCCCGGAAAAACACCAGGCCACCCAGAUAUGUAAACAACCUACGAUACCCGGCCCGGGCUGACCCGGUACAGAUGGGAAUGGCCCAUCUGUCUGCUCAGCUGUUCCCAGCAGAAACCCUUCUCCCCCCCCACCCCCCACACGAAGGACUCCUAAUCUACUUACCAAAAGCUGUUUUCUUUACUAAAGAUUGUGAAUUUCCUGUGAAAACCAAAUUCCUGAACAACACAAAGCUGGUUGAUAAUCAUGAGAUGGAAACAAGCUGUGGACUCUGGCGUUACAGCAUCGCUUGUCUGUCUUUUUCUGUCUUUUUCUUUUGAGUAUUGUUGAAUUUUUGAAGCACUUACCGAUGCUCUGCAGGUAAACCUGUCCGGACCAUUUAAACGGCUUUUCCUUCAGCAGUGAGACGAGCUUUGUUUUGCCUUUAGAAGACUGUAGCUCUGUUUGUGUGUUUGGGAGUGUGUCUCAGUUUCCUUUAGUCAUUUUUCCAUCUUUGUUGCCACUGGAUUGGCAGAUGUUUUGUAUAUUUCAGUACUUACCAAUGGAAUAAAACCUUCAACAAAG